AUGACGGUCUUCACAAAGGGUGAGACGGGUAGCGACGAGAAGGGCGAGAAGAAGGUCCCGCAGGUGGUCAUUUCCCCAUCCCCACUAGCCCCAACCCCUUCGCCAACACCGCCAGAGGAUGAAUCAGUCGGCAAGAAGAAGCGUUCCUCGUCGUUCGGUCCCCUAUCUAUCAUCCGUCUCUCUCCCUCGCCCCUAGCUCGUACUCCAUCUCCAUCUCCUCCAGAGUACGACCAACACUGGAACAGACUGUACCGUAUCCGGGCGUGGCUCGUCUUCUUCGCCCUCACCAUCUUCACCGUGUCAUUCGUGGCCGGAUACUUUUUCCAUAAAACGAUGGCCCCGAGGCCGAUUCCAUACACAGCCUACACGCAGACGUCGUUCAACGACAACGGCCACGCCGAGGAGUUGCGGCAGAACGUCGAGGUCGACAUGGCCAAUGAAUCCGAGAAAAUGAGCGUGCAACCAUUUGGUAACAACCGACCCGCAAUCUUCAUCCACGACUUCAAGAAGAAUAUGACGGCCAUCGUCGACGUGAUGGGCCGACGAUGCUUCAUCCGAGAACUCGAUCGAUCCGUCAGCCUGUCGCCCAAGGAUUUGAUCCAGCGGAUUCGACGCAUGAGGGAAGAGCCAGCGAGCGAGAUGCGCCCAGUCGUUCGCGAGACGUUCCGCGUCGGCCUUCAGAUGUCCCACCAAGAUCUGAUUGACCUCAAUUCGCAGAUGGUCAACCGGCACUGCCUGUUCCGACCCGUCUUCAUGCUCCACAAAGUCUCCCAGGUCGACGAGGAGCUCAAGCGCCAGAAGAGGGAAGUUCCCGCCGAGGACGACGUCACAUUCGCGGUGAUGGCCGGCGAAAAGGUCGAGGUCGACCAUAUCAUGUUC